AUGGCUCCCCCACAUCCCCGAAGGCAAUCCUCAAGUCAAUCCGCCUCCAGUCAUGACUCACGGAGUCGGAGGAGUAACGACUCAUACGCAUCACAUUCGACGGCACCCACCUCAUUCUAUUCCACGCCAUGUCCCUCAGACCUGAGGGCCUCACCAGCGUCAGCACCCAGCGGAGGCUAUACCCGGGCCAAGCGUCACCAACCAUACAACGCUCGUAACGAUGUCAGCCCCACCACCUCGCUCUAUCCGCGCUCGUCGGUCGAGUCCUACGCCUCAACGACUGCUUCGCAUGAGGAUCUUGACACCAUGGACCUGGAUGAGAUUCCCGAUGACGGCAUCCCACCUCUGCCUGUCUACCGGCGCGACGUUGUGGAGCCGAACGUGCGCGCAUCGACACCCCAAGACUUCGCCAAGCUCUUCCCCUCGCUCAACCGCUUGACAAUACGCCACGACGAGUUCACCUCGGACGGAAACAUGAACUUGCGCAUCGACACUGUAAUCACAGGCCGCAGAAGGACCGCCAUCCAGCUCUUCCACCUGCGCAUGUACGACUUGGCGAAGCGCGAGUUCUCACUGCGUCGGUAUUCGCGCGACUCGGGUCGCGAGGUCUGCAACUCGAAGCGCAAGUUCACUAAAGUCGCAGCGCCAAGGCCCAAGACCGCAGAUGAAAGGCCAACGUUGAAGCGGUCCAUGUCGACAGCUUUCAGGACGCUGAGCGGUGGCAAGCCCACCUUGCGCCGCGCGAAAUCAGGCGUGGCGGUCCCUGGCCGCCCAGACACGGGCUACUCGACGGGCGAUGGCGAUGAUGAGUUGUACCUCGAUCGAUCCAACCUGUCUCGCCUCUCGCUCGACAAUCGCCUGAUCAAGGGCAAGGCGCAGCGGCCCUUGCCCACCAACACGACCAAGCUUGAGUUCAGCAACUACGCGCGCGUCGACGUCAGCCGCCGCGGUGGCAAGGGAAACAAGCGCUAUGACUUUGAGUGGUGGGGACAUCGCUACAGCUGGAAGCGCGCCAUCGACAAGCAGCUGAGCUUGGUGUCAUUCCAUCUUGUGCGGGACGGGCAUACAGGUGCGCCAGUCGCGCACAUUGUUCCCGAAACGAGGUCGCCGAGCCAGGUUCUCGCCGACGAGAGUGCGGGCGGAUGGGUUCCGCCGUGUUUCAUGUGGAUCGCAGAUGAAACCGUUGUCAAUGCUGUUACCGAUGUUGCCGACGUUAUCGUGGCUACCGGCCUCAUAGCCCUUGUUGACGACUGCAUCAAGGAGCGAUGGCAGACCAAGAAGAUUCACCGCAUCCCGGUGCCAUUGACCUCCAAGACAGUCAACCUUGAGGCCGUCAGCCCAAAGGCCAUCAUGCAGCAUGUCUUUGGCCGGCGGUACUCAAACGACCAUCAGCGCCCAUCCACUCCGUUAAGCCCCCUGCGACUCGCAAGUCCUAUCGCGGCUCAUUAG